CUAUUUUCUCAAUCUUCCAGGUGAACCCAUCAAGAGAUCAACGCGCAAAGUUACAAUCAUUCGAAACAUGAAUAAAAGAGGAGCCUUUUUCCAUGGAAGAGAAUAAGACGGAUAUCUGUCCGGCGGAUAUCUUUUUUCACGGCGAGCAAGUGAACGAAUCCACGGACCAUCUUUUUCUAGUCGACGGAAAUUCUCGAAAUUGAAGAGACACAAUUAUGAAUUCGAAACAGGCGGAAACGUGGCUGGCGAUAUUAUACACCGGCUCCAUGGUGCUCUCGGUAACGUCGAUCGUAUCGUUCGUGACCGCGUGGCAGCAUUGGACGUGGACGUUGGACGGCUGCAUCGACGUCGAUUGCGGCUGCAUUCUGUACGGGAUCAACACGUUUCACACGUUCCUCGGCGGCGACGUUAAGCUGUGCCACUUCGCCUGCUACGGCCUCGCGCCCGUCGCCGUGAUCGCCUUGUGCCUCGGUGCACAUCACGGAUACAGAUGUUGCAUACACAAGAAUCUAGAUGAGCCCAAGCGAAUCAUUCACGCGCAAACGUACGACGACGACAGAAAAAAUCUCAACGGACAGGUCGUGGUACGCGUGAAAAAAAGGGUUGCUUUUAAAUGGUGGAUGCCAGUCGGUUUUCUCGCAGCGUUCGUCUGCUGUUUAUCUCUCGCCCACGCAGUCGUGAUAACCGACGGCUAUUACAAAACCUGCGAACAAUACAAACGAAAUCUCAUUCAAGACUUGGGCUCGAGAGGCCGAGAAAUCCAGGUUAUUCAUAAUAGGCUUCCGUGUGGAGCAAUCUUCGACUUCAUGGAUUAUAUUAAGCCAGACACCAAUUAUUGGGUACGUGGUAGUGAGAUCCACACCGGGAUCGCGCUUCAGCUCGCGAUCACCACGAGUUGGCUCAAUUUCUUCGUUUGGCUGACCGCGUGCUCGAUAAAUUUCAUCAUGGCGAGAAAGCGGCAGCGUAAUUUAGGAGAGAAAUCCUGCUGCUGUUGCUGCUGAGUGACAUCCUCGGUAAAAUAUUCAUGAGAGGAACUCGACAUUUUAUUCUCGUAAAAUAAAUAAGAGAGAUUUUUAAAAAAUACGACAGAACACGACGUAUAAAAUUAAUGCGUGUUAAUAGUAUACAUUUUAUUUAUGUAUUUUAUACAGAGAUAGUGUUUUCAAUAAUAACUAUUUCCCUCGUAUGCCUAAUAUAAAAAAAAAUCAAAGACUCACUCGUUCUCUUGUGGAAAAUAACCGCGUCUCCCUCUCUUAUAUUCUGUAUAAUUGCAUUCUUUUUAUACAUUUUUACACAAUUCUCAUUACUAUAUUACACAUACACAUUGUAUACAUGUUGGAACAAUAUUUUUGAUCGUCCUAAGAGUCCUAAAAAUCCACUAAACUUAGCAUAAAUGAGAACGUGUGACUUUUUUUUUUAUAUUAAUUUUUCGAUAAUUGCGUUAGAUUAUUAUUCGUGAUCGAGAUGACAAAGAAAAAUACUGUAACACCUGUUGUAGUGCAGGCAGUGACGAAAUUUAAGUGUGUACUGGUGAAAUAUCCGUAAAUUCGACACAGAUAUAUUUAGGAUAUUUAUUUUAUUUCCCACGCGUGUACAUGAGAAAAUGAAAAGAAGAACCUAUAAACCAACGGUACAAUAAAUAAUAAUAUAUGACGGUUUAAAGAAGGAAUGUAUCAUAUUUAUACUACAUGCGUAGAGUCGUAAGGAUUUCUACCAUCGAAUUACAUUCUUUUCUUAGAACGUUAAAUUAAAAAUGCUCGGCAUUUCGUAACCCCUAGUUCGUUCUAUUUUAUACACAAUGCGCAGAAUGAUGGAGUAUUUUAUUUUAAGGCUUGGAAUAACAAUGGUUCUCUCAUAUGUUCAACAAAUAUCCUUUAAAUCAUAAUCCAUAAAAUUUAAAUCAUUCCCUUCGUCAAAUUCAUCGUGUCGGUUUGUUGAAAUUUCAUGUUUAAUGUUCUAUUCGCAUAAAUCACUCUUUUACUUUUGUGAUGGCGGCAUCAAGAAUCGCUUUUAACUUCCUAUAGAUUACAUACACCUCACCGUUAUAUGUAUAGGAACUAAACAGAAAGAAACAUUUUCUCAGAUACACUAUCCCUUACAUAUAUAAAUACAAUUGACUCUGGUUAUCUUAUAAUACUAUUUAGCUUUUAUGCUACACAACAGCAAAGACUGCAAGCUUGAACGCUACUCGAUAAAGGAAGGCACCUAAUCAUACAAGCUAAUAUCUACAAAUUAUGUUACAUUUUUAUAUAUAUAUAUAUAUAUAUAUAUAUAUAUAUAUGUAGAUAGAUGCAUGUGCAUAAAAACACGUAGAUUAUAAACAUUUUCUUCUUUUCA